GGGGCCCUGACUAAGACUGUAGGCAGAAAAGAAAAAAAGAAAAAAGGAAAGGUUAAAGACGGCAAGUUGGACACUUAGUUUCCUCCCAUUACUCCCAACCACUCAUCUUCUCUGCAAAAGUCAUCCCUCCAUGAACAGUGUCUCGUUUGUAGGUGGGGAUACAGAGAAGAAUCAGACGCAUUUCCUCUGUUCCAACCAUCUCUCUCUCUCUCACUCACACUCUCUCUCUCUCUCUCUCUCUCUCUCUCUCUCUCUUCAAUUAAGUCUUCCCAACCCAUCUAUCUCCAACGUUAAUUCAUCCAACCUCCACAAGCCUAUUUUGUAAAGUCUACAGAGAACGAAUCAGGCGUAGAGAGCGAAUAUCACGCGUACGCUUCCCAGGUCUCGAAGUUGCGAAUCUGUAGCUGUAAAAUUGAAGACCCAUCUUCUCAAACAUCUUCUCAAACCAGCUGGAAGACCUAAUGUGAAGGGUUUGGUUGUAUAAAUGAGGAGGUGGACUGCAUUCCAAGGGGAGCCCAAACCAACACCAAAUCCAGCCACCACGGAAGACCCGACGAAUUCCUCCUUGAGAUGUGGCAAAUGGCUUCUCCGCUCAACAAAGAUUCGAAGAUCUAGAGGGGACAAGCCCUCUGAAGGUAAACCACCUGGGAGCCAACCAUUGAAGAGGAAGCGAAGUUCCCCCUCUCCUACUUCUUCAGCCAACUCUUGUACCGGCGAGAACAACGUUCAAUUGCCUACACCCAUGUCAUCCAGCACUCAUCCAUGGCAUAAUGAGGAUGAAGCUGUUAGUAGCGAUGACGACGAAUUACUUGAUCUCGAAUUUUUGGACUUAAUGGAAGAAGAAAAAAUAAAAAUGCCACAACGGACCUGUGAAUUAACCGGUCAAGUGUACACAAAUUUUUUGUUGGAAAGACACCCUCAAACCAUAAAAGACGUUCUCCGUGUUGAUGCUUAUACGUUUAGAGGAUUGGUGGCUGAACUUGUUGCUAGAGGCCAACUACAAUGGGAUCAUAAACGUGUUUGCCUAGAGGAGUCGUUGGCUAUUUUCUUAUACAUAUGUGGCCAUUCCCAACGCCAUCGAGUGGCUGCUGAUCGGUUCCAACGAUCCACGUCGACCAUUAGCGACCAUUUCAAGUGGAUGCGUCGUGCUCUUUGCAACUUGGCACCACACAUUAUUCAACCACCUAACCUUGAUGUCACGCCACCCGAAAUAUUAAAUGACGGUAGAUAUUACCCGUGGUUCCAGGAUUGUGUUGGAGCUAUAGAUGGAACCCACAUAGAAGCUUGGGUACCCCGUCAUAGACAAGUUGCGUAUCGAGGGAGGAAGUCCACAAUAACACAGAAUGUUAUGGCUGCUUGUUCUUUCGAUAUGAAGUUCACUUUUGUGUUGCCUGGUUGGGAAGGAAGCGCCCAUGAUGGACGUGUAUUCCAAUCAGCAGUAACGACCCCGGGCUAUAACUUUCCGCACCCCCCACUCAAUAAGUACUAUUUGGUGGAUGCUGGAUAUACAAACAUGCCGGGGUAUUUAGCUCCUUAUCGAGGAAGACGUUAUCACAGAGACGAAUUUAAUGGGCAUAAUACGGAGUUUCACACGCCCAUGGAGUUGUUCAAUUACAAGCAUUCGUCGUUGAGGAAUGUGAUAGAGCGAUGCUUUGGAGUCCUGAAAGCAAGGUUCCCCAUCCUUAAGCACAUGCCGAGUUAUAAUGAAGCCCGUCAACCUGGAAUUGUAACAGCAUGUUGUGUUAUUCACAAUUGGAUAAUAAUGAACAGAGGGAGGGAUGAUUUUUUUGAUGACUUUGAGGACGACGGACAAUGGGAGGGUGGAGAGAACGAGGAAGGGAAUGUGGCAAAUGUGGGUCCGGUUGAGCCCUUUAACAUGUCGCCACAUAACACACAAUUGAUGGCUCAAAGGCGGACUGAAUUGGCUCAAUGGAUGUGGGAGUCUUAUGAUGAUUGAUCUUAAUUAAACUAUUUUUACUAUGAGACAAUUUUAUUUCCAAUUUAUGUGAGGUGAUUAGAUUCAUGGUGAAUCUGCUGCUUUUUUAGUGUACUAUGGUUGAAAAAUUGUGUUAUAUUUGUGUUUA